UGAUUAUUUUGCGAAAAGGAAAAUAGCGAAGAAAAUUUUUUUAGAAAAUAUAUGAAAAUUUGUCAAAACAAUAAAAACAUCUUAAUUAUUAGUAAAAAAUGACUACGGAUGAAAAUAUAUUGCAGGAAAUGUUGGAGAGGGUCACCAAUCCUACCAGGGAUAAUGUCGACAAUUUGGCUGUUCAAAUGUUUUGUAUGAUUGUACAAAGUAAUAGUGAUUUAGUAACAAAAUCCCAUGAACUGAUUGUUAAAAAAUUACAUUCCAACAAUACCACGGAAGCAGCUAGAGCCAUAGGGCUUUUGGAGGAAUGCAUGUCAAAGGCCGGUUUAGAAUUUCAAAAGAAAACAGCUAAAUUUACUUUUCUAAAUGAACUUAUUGCUUUGGUGUUGGACAAACAUACUGGCCCACCCGCUCCUGUGGACACAAAGAAAAGAAUUAUGGAAUGUCUAAUGCUAUGGACGGUCGAACAUCAGGAUAAAACGAAAAUUCAAGAAGCCUAUGAUAAUUUAAAGAAACAAGUCAUUUUUUCGCAUGGUCCUACAACCAUCAAUUCUAAUUCUCCGUCUUUAACAAAUGUUCGGGAACAACGCCCUAACAUUCUGGGUAAGGAUGAUGAAUUAGUGGCAAAAUUACUGAAACAGGGUGGAGAGGAGAAUUUAAAAAAGGCCAAUUUGCUCAUAAAACAUCGUGUUAAUCAGGAUGCAAGACGUACUGAAUUCAUUUGUCAUCUUAAAAGUGAAUUAAAGAAAAUUGAGAGUACAAUGGAGGUGCUGGAUGAAAUGUUACAAUCUUAUAGCUCAGAUGUGACUGAGGAAGAUAGUCGUGAUAUCAUGCAAGAGUUAUAUAAUACAUGCAAAGGUCAUAAUGAGCAAAUGGCAAGAUGGCCGGAUUUUUUGGGCGAUGGAGAACCGGAAUUUUUGGAGGAUGUUUUAAAUACUAAAGAUCUUCUUAUGGUUGUAUUACAACGUUAUAAGGAACUUUUUGAAAAUGAAAUACAAUUAUCUAAACCCGUUGAAGUAUUAUCCACUAAAUCAACAACUAACACAUCCACAACAACUAUCGUCAACACGGAUUUACUCUCAGAACUUUUGGGCGACACAUUAAACACUUCCAGUCAGGAUACUAAUCCGGCAAUGGCAGCUAAAACUGGUGCUAAAACCACUACAUUAGACGAAUUAAGUGAAAUUUUCGGCAGUAUUAAUAAUGAUUCCGAAAGCAAUAGUAAGCCGCAUCAUCCCUCGGAUUUAUUAGGCAAUUUAGAUUUGCUAGAACCAAUAAGUGUAUUUGAGAGUGGAACGAAAGAUGUAUCGGCCACAACGGACUCCUCUUCAACAGCAAUAAUGAAUGGAAAGGAUGAGAAAAAAGCUCAAGGUUUUAAGGAAUUAAAGGAAAUUGAUAAACUGAGUGAGGAAAUGUUUAAGCAAAGUUUAAAGGAGGAACAACGUUUGCUAUCAUUUAAAAAAGAAACUGAAAAACUAACAUUAAACGACAUGGCUAAAGAUAAAAUUCAAACAUCACUACUUGCCUCAAAGAUAGCCGAUGUUAAUAUCAAAUCUCCUUCGAAAUCUAAAGAAGGUAGUACAACUUUGGAGGAUUUAACAGCAGAUCUCAAGGAUUUAAAAGAAAAAGAAAACAAAGUUGAAUUGCUAAAGACUGGGGAAGAAUGCCAAGAAAAAGAAUUAGAAAUUACAAAAGAUUUGGAGGAAAAAAGCAAUAUUAAAGGUUCUUCUGAUGUAGUGGCUUUUAAACCUUUAGCAGAAAUUUCUGUAGACUUAGAUGAGGUUACGCCACUUGACGAGGGACAACGUUUACUAUUAGAUGACGAUGACAUACAAGUCACUCUCAAUUUUACGGCCGAUCGUCCAGGUCAACAUGUAUCGGUGAUUGUUAUGGCAGUAACAAAUAAAUCCAAAUUGCCGGUGAAAGAUUUUCAAUUUGAAGCUAGUGUUAAAAAGCCCUGCAAAGUACGUUUACUACCGCCCACGGAUAUUGUUAUGGCACCUUGCAAGCCCUUUAGGCCUUCGUCUCCUAUAAAUCAAGUGGUUUUGCUAUUAAAUCCCACACAAAAAUCCGUGGAUAUGACUUGUAUAGUGGGCUAUAAACUUGGCGAUGAUCCCGAUCCCAUUAAAGAGUCAAUUGUGGCCAAAGACAUUCCUUUUGUUUAGUUAUUUUAACAAAAUACAUACUUGAAGUAUUUAAGAUGCCACGCAUUUUAAGGUUUAAUGAAAUUAACCUACAAUUAUGGAUAGGAAUCAAUUAGCAUGGAUUCCAUGGAAAAAUAUUACUAACUACUAAUAUUAACACAUCACUUAACAACAAAGUUCUAUUACGUUCUAUUAACAGUACAUACUACAUAUAUAAUUUUAGAGAGAGAUGGAACUAUUCUUACAACAAAAAAUUGUUUGAUAUUUUUAAUUUGUGCAACAUUUCGGUUUUAAACUUUAUUAUUUAUUAAAAAAAAAAAUUCAAUACAAACCAUAAAAAUCAAAUUGGAAUGCUUUCUUAACAAAAUAUCGUAUAAUAAUUUGUGAAUAAAAUAACGAACCAACUUGGAACCAAGUGCGUAAAACAUUAAA